AUGUAUUUGUGGGAAGAGGAAGCAAUGGACUAUUUGCAUGUUUCCCGUUCUUCAAAAGCACCAAGGAUUUCCUCACAGCUUCCCUUGCCAAAUCUCUAUGUGCCUGUUCACCAAUUAUUUGAGGAGAAGACUAGUUCGAAUUGCACAGAUUUCCUUCAUUAUGUAGGUAUUAUCCUUGAUGUUAUUCCUUUUUCAAGGGAAAGUGCAUGGGAGCAACCUCCUCCAGAUUUAGCAUCUUACUUGUAUAAGAAUCGAAUUGUCUACUUGGGAAUGUCUCUAGUUCCAUCGGUCACAGAGUUGAUACUAGCAGAAUAUCUUUAUCUUCAGUAUGAGGAUGAAGAAAAACCAAUUUACCUCUACAUAAAUUCCACAGGGACAACUAAGGUUAACUAUAUUGCUUUAUUUCAUAGGGCUUCAUAUUAA